CUUGGUUUUGCUUUAGAGUGCAGACAAACUAUCUGCUCAAGAUACUCAGUUUGUCAUAAGUCAGACGUUAUCAUGUUUUUAAUUCGCCUCACAGUGUAUUAGCUUUUAGUUAUCGUUUAUCUGGCGUCGUUCAGUCGUAAAGGCGCGAGUGGGAGAUGACAACAGCUCCCACUUGGUGUGUUCACAAAACGAGCAGUCACUAGGUAGAAGCAAAUCCCGGAACUUGAAACGGUAGGAAGUGAGCUAACGUUAGCUAGCUUUUUGUUGACAGUGUGCUUGCUGUCAAACCAGAAACCGACCUAAGCAGAAGUACCCGGAGUUAGUUAGCUACGUACUUGGAGACUUCAGCCUGCCGCACUUUUAUUUGGGCCGAAUUUGGUUUGAAGUUUCCGUCACUUUUAACCACUUGUGGCUCUAGAAGAUGGCAUCGAGGGGAAGCUUCACAGGUCCUCCGAUGAAUCCGAGUAUGAGCCCCAUGAAUGUUGGGCAUGCCGCGGGCAUGAGGAUGCAAGGAAUGCCCCAGCCUCCGGGGGGAUAUCCCAGAAGCAUGAGCAGCAUCCCCCAAUACCCCCAGCGCCCCGGGAUGCCAUCCAGCAGAGUGGGGGGCCCCAUGGGGUCAAUGGGGGGUCAGCUGCCUGGUCCCUCUUAUGGUAGCAGUAGCAUUCCCAUGCGGGCAGGCAUGGGACCCCCGAGCAUGGACGCCUCUAGGAAACGGUUUCUUCAUCAGCAACAGCAACAACAAGAGGUGCUGGGAGGCCUCAGACGAGGAGCAAAAAGGCGCAAGAUGGCUGACAAGGUUCUGCCACAGAGGAUCCGAGAUCUGGUCCCGGAGUCCCAGGCCUACAUGGACCUCCUGGCCUUUGAGAGGAAGCUGGACCAGACCAUCGCUCGAAAGCGUAUGGAGAUUCAGGAAGCCAUCAAAAAGCCCAUUAUGCAAAAGCGCAAGCUCAGGAUCUACAUUUCCAACACGUACACUCCCAGCAAACCCGAGGGUGAGGAGGCGGAGAAGGUGUCCUCCUGGGAGCUGAGAGUUGAGGGCAAACUCCUGGAGGAAGCUGGCAAGCAGAAGAGGAAGUUUUCAUCUUUCUUCAAAAGCUUGGUGAUUGAGCUUGAUAAGGAGCUCUACGGGCCUGACAACCACUUAGUAGAGUGGCACAGAAUGCCCACCACUCAGGAGACGGAUGGUUUCCAGGUCAAAAGGCCAGGAGACGUGAAUGUUAAAUGCACCCUUCUGCUCAUGCUCGACCACCAGCCCCCUCAGUACAAACUGGAUCCACGGUUGGCUCGCCUUCUGGGUGUACACACACAGACACGAGCCAGCAUCAUGCAAGCUCUCUGGCUUUACAUCAAGAACAACAAGCUGCAGGACAGUCAUGAGAAGGAGUACAUCAACUGCAACCGCUAUUUCAGACAGAUCUUUGGCUGUCCACGCAUGAGGUUCUCUGAGAUUCCCAUGAAACUGGCGGGCCUGCUGCAGCACCCUGACCCCAUUAUUAUCAAUCACGUCAUUAGCGUGGAUCCCACCGAUCAGAAGAAGACUGCAUGCUACGACAUCGACGUGGAAGUGGACGACCCACUUAAGGGCCAAAUGAACAGCUUCCUGUCUUCUACAACCAACCAGCAAGAAAUUGCUGCCCUCGAGAUGAAGAUUCAUGAAACCAUUGAGUACAUUAACCAGCUGAAGACCGAAAGAGAUUUCAUGCUGAGCUUCAGCAAUAAUCCACAGGAGUUCAUCAAGGACUGGCUGAAGUCUCAGUCCAGGGAUCUGAAGUUGAUGACAGAUGUGACUGGAAACCCAGAAGAGGAGAGGAGGACCGAGUUCUACCAUGAGCCCUGGGUGCCAGAGGCAGUGGGCAGAUAUGUUUACUCCAAAGUGCAGCAGAGAAGACAAGAGCUGGAGCAGGUGUUGGGUAUCCGACUCACCUAAAUACAAUUCUAGAGGAGUCACAGCCACCUUAGGUUUACUCAUCAGUUGUUAAUGUUCCACUCAGCUGAAACUGGAAGCCUUUUACCUUUAAAUGUUCAGAAAGCCAUCGUCACUGACGCAGAGUUCGGGACCAAAGUGAUGCUUAUAUGACCUUUAAUAAUAUCUUUGCCUUGUAGUGUCUGUUAUAUUGAGCCUGUUUAAAUAACCUUUAUCCUUUUUUUUAAGUUUUGCAAUAUGUUUUGUCUCUGGUACAAAAUGCUGUUUAAGCACUGGUGCUGUUUGGGUGUUUUCACCGUCACUUUGAGUGCUGUUUUGAAAGAGGGAUGUGUUUACUCUUAUAUUGAAAAGCCAUAAUUUUUAGAUAAGAGCAAUGCCUAAUCUUCCAGGAGGCAUGGUAGAAUUAAGCAUUUCAUUCCAGUGUAUAUAAUAUGUUUAAUGCUUUUGCAGCAUUAUUGAAAGUUGAAAUGAAACAUUCUGAUUUUGUGAAUGUUUACACGCCAUUUUUAUUUGUUUGUGGGGUGAUUCGAGGGGAAUAGGAGCUGAGGCUCUUUAGAUUGAACGGAUCCAUACCUUCAAAGAAAGUUAACUGCUAUUAAUAAUUUGAUAGGAAUGAAACUGCAGUAUGUCAGCUAAAAAAAAUUUUUUUUUUUUAAAAAGCGCCAAAAUAUUGUGUACAGUUUAGUUUCAUGAUUUAAAGCUUCGCUGUUUUGUUGACUCUUUGUACAUCAGUCUUAAAGUUCUUGAAACAUUCCUUUUUGACAGAUAUCAUUGUGCCAAAAUGUGUUUAGUGAAGAAGGCACAUAGAAUUUAAGAUGAGGUAAAAACGUUAUGUACAAAUGUUAUUUUUGUACAGCUUCUCUUUGUUAAAUGUUUGCAUGUUGUGUAUCAAUCAAAAGCCUUUAUCUUUUAUACAUUUGGAGUAUUUUUUACAAUAAAUAUACUUACAAAUGUUCA